AUGGCGUUUAAUGGUCUGACCUCUUUAAAAACACUGUAAGUAUAAAAACAUGGGCAAAAACCUUUUCGGAAUAUAACAUUGUAUAUGUAUAUACCUCUCCUUGUCUUAUAUACCGCAGUACGCAGCUUAUGUAAUAUUUUCUAAAAUUUUAUGUUAUUAGACAUCUGUCCUUAAACUUCAUCGAGUCUAUUCCGACAAGUCUUUUUCGUAAAACACAUUCUCUAGAAACAUUGUAAGUAUAUAUAUUGACUUUGUGAAUAUCUCAAAUUUCCCCCUCAAUUUCAGCCAAUUCUGCUUAAUGUCAUUGUUUCGUAAAAACGCGUUUGUAAAAAUUUACCGUCGGUCCAAAGACCGAUUUUCUUUGCUUUUUACAAUAAAAAUUAUUACAGUUGAUGAUAAUAAACAAUUAUUGGCGCAGUUUAUUUUUAUAGUCUAUAGAAUUAUUAAGGUGAUGAUGAGCGUUAUCGAGCCGGAGGCUGAGAUAAUGAUAAAAUCUAAGGAAGUUUCGAGCAAAAACGUCGAAAAAGUAUGUUUCUUUUGCACAACGACAUAAAAACAUCCUUCGCUCGUAUUGUUUUUUCUUUCUCUAAUUUAUAAAACUACAGAGAGUGUCCUCAACCUGCAACAUUAUUAUAAGUGCUAGGAAGUAUAGGAACUCUGUUAUAUGUGGAGGUUACGCGUGAUUGCCACAUUUACUGCCGUAAGCUAUUAGCCAAUAAGAAGACACGCCACGCCGUAGCCGAAUUACAAUGUAUAAAAAUGUCUUUUAAUUUCUAGGGAUCUUAGUAUGAACUGGAUUAAUGAGAUGGAUACUGGUUUGUUUUCUGCUUUGAAUAAUCUUCUAUUGCUGUAAGUUGAUUAGUUAUUCGGCUUUGUAAUUUAAACUUACUGAAUCUGAGAAUCCAGAAAAUAAUUUCAAUUCCUAUUUAUUUUUAGGAGUCUUCGUAAAAACGUGAUCAGAAAACUUGACGAUGGGGUUUUCUCUGGACUAAAGAAUCUACAAUAUUUGUAAGUUUGUGGAUAAUUUAUAAGUUCCUGAUUAUUAUUUAUUAAUAUUUAAUUCUUUUUCAUCAAAUCCAUGUCGAGCGGCCAAAUGAAUUUGUCAUAAGUUAACACCAUGCAUAACAUAUAUAAUCUAACCUUAUCACGCUAGACCGAAAAAGAUUAAUACAGUAUCUAAGAGCUUAAUACUCGCUUUUAAAGCUAAUCUGUCUAUAAACGGUACAUUCUGUAUAUUUAUAGCGUCCCCAUACAAUGCGGCGCCCACUCGAACUAGGGCGGCGCUCUUUAUAUCUAGUAUAAGAAUUACUUCAUUUUUGUCUACAAACCUUCAUUACAGAACUGCACAUUUCCAAGGUUCUGGAGAGAGGAUUAGAUGAAAGGGCAAUGAAAUAUGCUUUGAAAGGCCUGUUCCAGGAAUUUACUCCUCUUAAAUCGUCUUAACUCGCCCUAAAUCUCCUAAUAAACUGGGAACCAAAAAUUGGCCGAGAUUUGCAUAAAAAACUCGCAUUAUCGUGCGGCGAGUUUAGGCGAGAGAGCGUCUCAGAGUAGGCCUUUUAAUUUAAAAGUAAUUAUAUUGUAAUACAGUACAAGAGCAAAUACGCACUAGUUUAACUUCUUUACUUUUAUUAAAGAACAUCAUGCAACCUACUAUGGUCUUAGAAUAAAUGAAUGCAAAAUUAAUGCACCAACACUGAACUUGUUAAAUAUAUGUUGGAGUACUAUUGCUAGAGUGAAUAAUUGUAUAAUUUUAUUUUUAUUUUUUUACCAGAUACCUUGACAAUAAUGAAUUGAUCGACAUUGGAAACUCUGUGUUUGAUAACCUUUCUGUGCUUAAAACUUU